AUGAUUUCACCAGGUAAGGAAUCCGGCGAUAUUGGUCGUUCACAGCAAAUUACGGGUCAAUCCCUCGCCCCUAAACCGCAGCAUCAAUUUUCAGGAGUACUCUUGGCCGCAGAUACAUCCUUAGGUGAAGGAGGUAACGCCCACAACAUCCAGCUACUAUGUGGCCUCGUUCUGAAAUGA